AUGGCUCCCGACCUUAGCAACAUCCAUGCUACUCCCCGGCGGCCGCGUGCCGCCACCUCGAUGCUGCCGGCCAUAGUAUCACCCCCGUCGGCAGCCCGUCAGGGCCCGAAUUCCACCAGUCCUAUUUUCCAUUCGGGCAGUCCGCCGCUGGGCGCAAGCGAUCAUAGCAUCACCAGCACAGCACAGGGACCACUGCGGCAUCCCAAACCCCUCACACCGUCAGAUCUUCACAUGGAGCUGGAGAAGGAACAGGAGGCGAUGGUAAACCGGCUGACCCGCGAGCUCUCCCUCCUCCGUCAACAAACAGCUUCGGUGGCAUCCACAACCUCCUCCACCUCGACCCUCAACGAAUCUGCCGAUGGAUACCAUCAUUCACCGUCGCUAGGCAGCUCAAACCGCUCCCACUCCUCACGUCGGCAACGAUCCUCCUCUAGCCUGAGCGCACAUACACCAGCCGCGCAGGGACCCGCAGCGGCAAGCGUCACGGGCAUCGCACCCUCCCGCGAGACGAGCAUCCCUGCUCGCACCGCUCGAAGCCGUGAGGCAUCGCUGACAUCUCGGCGUCCAUCCUUCGGCUCCAUGCCCUCCUCUUCUCACCACACCUACGCGGAGCCCAUUUCUUACUUCGGCACCAGCCCAUCCAUCUAUCCUCAUCGCGAUUCCGUUUCGCAAACCCAACUUGGACAAUCGCACUCCUGCAUAACGCGCUAUGAGGAAGCGGCUUUUCACAAGUCGGAGUUUGAGACGAUGAAGCGGGAAAAUGAGCUGUUACGAAAGCGGGUCCGGGAGUUGGAGAGCAUCCUCAAGAAGCAGCGAGAUGGAGAACCCGAGGGAUCGACUGGCAUGGGCAAUUCUGAUGCAUAA